AAGAGUGGAAACCAGAAAUGUUCACUUGACGGUGUCUGGUCAACAUAAAAAGGUGUCAUGGAAGCGUCAUCAUCUGACUACAGCGAUGAGGAGGUGGGUGUGAUAGCGAGAGGUCAGAAGCUGUGGGUCCGCGGAGUCAAAGCGCAUACCACUUGCGCUGACAUCGUUCGAGCUCUGCAAGACACUCCUGAAGGUGGCAGCGCGAGCGACCAUGGUGAAUGGGUGCUCGCGGAAAGAUGGCGAGGCGUGGAACGGCCCCUACCACCCGAUGUCCCGGUCUUGCAUGUUCUGGCUGCUUGGGGGGACGCCAGGCAUGAGGUCCGUUUGUCACUUCGGCGAUUAUCCAGCGGUGGAGAAGACGACUCAGGGCGCGACAGCGACGGAGGCAGUAAAGCAAGAUCAAGAAGAAGGAGAAAAGGAAACCGAGCUGUCACACCGCCUCCGAGAUCCAAAAGCGAAGACCCCGCAGCCAGACUUGUCUCCGUUAUACAGCAUCAGACCAGAACUAUACACCAGCAGCUUGACAAACUUAGAGACCAAGAAAAACUAAUCGACCAACUAGAGGACCAGACCCACAAAAGUAGGAUGGAAAAGCACGGAACCAAUUAUCUCCUCGAAUCCUAUCUCAGGGACUUGGGAAGAUGUAGCGAACUCAACGACAGCCAAGCUGGGAACAGUGACAGCGGCGUAGGGGUCGGCAGCGGAACACCACCAAGGCGGCACACAAAACACAAGUCCAGAAGAGAAAGACAUCUAAUGAGAGAGCAUUACUUCACGAAGGAGCUCACAGAUAUCUGCCAAGUUAACUCUGAAAGAUUGAUGCAAACGUCCAACGAUACAGAUUCUGACGCGUCAGCUGACGAACUUUCUCGAAUGAGAGAAGAAAUCGAGUUAUUAGAAAAGUUAGCGAUCAUAAACAAAAGAUUACACAGAGAGGAAGAACUUGUUGUGCGAUUGACUGCCAAAGUGAAAAGAUAUACGGACGAAAAUAAAGCGAACAGUUGCGAAAACGUCUCCCAAGUGUCAAUGCUCAUCGACAAAAUAGAAGAAGAGUUAGGUAACACUACAAAAGAAAUGCAAGAAAACGCAACGGAAUUAGAAAAUGCUGAUAAGGAAAUAGAGUUUAGGAUGAAAUUAUUGGAUGAAUUAACCUUAGAAUUAGAAAAAGAGGACUUACAGAACACGAUCCUAGAAAGGCAGCUAAACGAAGCGUCGAGUCGACAACCAAUAAUAUUACAAGAAAGUUACAUACCUGUUCUAGACCAAACGAAUAGCCAACCAGUCUUCACCUACAGCGGUAACAGUUAUGUUUUAGACACCCUUGUAUGACACACGUGUAAUUAUUUGACCCUGAAUUUGUCCCAAAGAUCGCUUUGAAAUUACCAUAGAUAGCUUCCAAUAAAUAUACGAUCAAGUGAUGUCUUUCCAAAAUAAUGGUCCCAAAAUUUAUAAUAGUUUAUAUUUUUAAGUUAGACAGGUGUCGAUUUAAAUGUUCGAAUACUAAACUUCAGUUUAUUUUGUUAUUUUUUCAAUAAUAAACCAACAGAUUAUAAAAUACUUAGUCGAUUUUUAACUGAAGCGUAGUGGAACUCAGUGUAGUUUAUGAAGGGGCUUGCAUUUCCUUAAGAAUAAAAGUCCCGAAAAGAUAAAUAUUAAAAUAUAUAUAUAUAUUAUGAUCAACGAGCUUAUUUGAAUUGCAUUAGUUUUUUUUAGAAAUAUGGAGACUUUUUAUUCAUAUAUCAACU